AUGACGACCGCAGUUCAGCCUGACGACUUGCCCCCGCUUCCCUUGAAGUUCACUUCGAUCCCGGAGCCAAAGGACGACGCCGACACGGAUCGGGUCUCCAUCCCAGCCGUGCCCCCCGAAGUGCCCACCACUCCACCACUGGCACCGAAGAAGACGUCGCCCAAUGGGACGCCGUCGAAGACUCCGCUGAAGUCGCCCUUCCAAAGCAUCCCCGGAGCUUCGCCCUUGAAGGCGCAGGCAGCGCAGGCAUCUCCGCCGGAGCUUCCAGCUCUUCCAGCAGCUGCGACGGAGGUGGCCGCCAAACCAGGCAAAGCUGAGCCCGAAGAGUUGGAGGAGGCCUCGCUAGGUCCCAAGGCUGAGGAUAUCUUCUUGCUUGCCAGGCAGCAGAACUUUGAGGUUGCUUUGAAGCUCCUGGAGGCUUAUCCUGAGUUUUGGCUUUCUCAAGAUGAGGAUGGGCACAGCUUGUUGCAUUGGGCGGCUCUGGUCGGGAACAAGGACUUUGUGGAUGCCGGCCUCGUUCAUCGAGUCCCAGUGGACUCGGUGGCGAAGAAUCUGCAAACGCCGCUGAUGUGGGCCGUGCUCCGUGGCCACGUCGCAGUGGCAAGACAGCUCUUGGCCGCCAAGGCUUCCCUGACCGCAAAAGAUUCCCUGGGUGCAACUGCCUUGAUGAUUGCCGUGCAGCAUAAGUCCUAUCCGAGCAUUUUGUUGUUGAUGCACCGUGGAAAGCACAUUCAAGCUCAGCUGCUGGGCGAAGGCGACAAGAAUGGCUGCACCCCUGCCCACUGGGCGGCUUACAAGGGCGAUUUGACUGCCUUGAAGCUGCUUCACUACUUCAAGGCGGAUCUGCAGGUCUUGGACAGCGCGAAGAUGCUGCCACUGCACCGUGCCGUUUGCGCCUCCCAGGGUUCCGUGGUGGAGUUCUUGGUGGAGCACAAGUCAGAUUUGCAGGCUCGCAAUCAUGAAGGCAAGUCUUGUAUGGACAUUGCGGCUGGAAAAAAUGAUCUUCACAUGCAGGCUUUGCUAAAGCGGCUGGUGCAGAAGACCCCGGGCCCCUUUGGAGGUGGAAAGGUGGAACCUGAAGACAUGGAAGCUGGAAUCAAAGACAAGGCGGAUGACAAGGCCACAAAGAAAGGUGGUUUUUUCAAAGGCCUUAUGCAGGACCAAGCUGCGCACAAGAUCUUCCCGGUCUUUUGGUUGGUAUGCGUGUCACUGGCAGUCUUCCAGUACAUCAUGGACAUUCGCAAAGCAAGCUACGAGGUGGCACCCACCACAUCCUUCAUGUUUGAGAUGCUCGUUCCUGUGACCCUGGCCGUUUUCACCUUCGUCGCCUUGGGGGAUCCUGGCAAGGUGCCAUCCCGACCCCAGGGAAACUCUGGUGUUGAGGAGCUCAUGAAGGCACUGGACACGGAUGCGGCAGACAUCGACCCUCCUGACGUGAACCGUUUGUGUACUACAACAUGGGUGCUAAAAGGGCUGCGUACGAAAUAUUGUGUGCAGACGGGUGCCUGUGUUGAGGAGUUCGAUCACUACUGUGUUUGGCUCAACAAUACCAUCGGAAAGGCCAAUCAUCGCCAGUUUGUGGGCUUGGCCAUUGUGGAGUUUCUGACUCAGGUGAUGCACAUUCGCCUCUGUUUGUUGAUGGCAACAACCUUGGUACCAUACACCUCCUUUGGACAAUUCAUUUGGGGUGUGCUCACCGGAUAUCCCUUGCUGACGCUCAUUGUCUUGGUACAUUGUAUUACUGCACCGUGGGUCUUCAUGCUGACACUCCAUCAAGCUCGUUUGGUCAUGAUGAACUUGACGACCAACGAGAUGAUGAACAUGCACAGGUAUGAGCACUUCUGGGUGGUCCGGCAGAUGGCAACAGGCCAUGCGCACAAAUCCUUUCGCAACCCCUUUAACAAGGCGACCGGCUCGAGCCGUGGGGCAGUGCCUGGAAGAACUGCUUGGACUUCUGGUGGUACCGACAACGCGGAGAAGUCUCCUGGCAGCAGGGAUUUAUCUGGCCGCGGAUUUCGGAGGUUGAAACCACCAAGCCAGGUCGUUGAACAGCGUAUGGAGUGCAUGGACAUCUCUGGGUGCACCAGUGGAUAUCAGUGGUUCAGGCUUCCCGAUGAGCGCUUGCUUCUCGUGGCACUGAGCUUGGUCGCCUAUGUUGGCGCAAAGGGCGCCGACUACUACGCUGUGUUGGGAGUACCCAGAAAUGCCGACCAGGGGGCCAUUAAAAAAGCCUAUCGGAGCAAAUCCUUGGAAUACCAUCCCGACAAAUGCGAGGGGGACAAGGACGAGUGUCAGACCAAAUUCAUCGAGGUUUCCACCGCGUACGAGGUUCUCUCUGAUGCUGAAAAGCGCAAGGUCUAUGACCAGCAUGGAGAGGAGGGUCUGAAAGAAGGGCAUCAGUCCAAUGAACAGGCGAAGGCCAUGUUCCGGCAGUUCUUUGGGCGAGAGCCUGAUGGCAAUGUCCGAAUUAUCCGUAGAGGUGGUCAGAUGAUGUUCCAGGAAGAAGGAGAACCUGGUCCGAAGGAAGACAUAUAUGGUGACACCAAUGUCACGGAGAUGAACAAAGACUUGUACAAUUCCCAGAUCAAUGAUCGCAUUGAACCCUGGAUCGUCCAGUUCUACAAACCGAACAAUGACGCGUCGCGCGAGGCCAAAGAGGAGUACGUGAAAUUCGCGGACACCUUCAAGGACUUCCUGAACGUGGCGUCAGUGAACUGCCGGCAGCAACGGGAGGUAUGUUCCAAGGCAUCGAUCAAUGAGUUUCCAGCCUUUCGAUGGUUUGGGGAGGACAAGGACUCUGCUCCGGAAGUCUUUGAUGAGGGCGCAGCCAACGCCAAAAAUCUGGGGAAGUGGGCCAAUAGCCUGAUGCCGGACUACACUCAGCUCUUGCAGGAGAAGCAUGAGUUGAGGAAGUGGCUGGACAACGUCAAGGGACCCCACAUCAUUCUGUUUACGGACAAGAGCGCGUCUCCGCCGAUGUGGAAGGCCUUAAGCCGAGAGUUCAAGAACCGCACAGCUUUGGCCACGGUGCCUCGCUGUGAUAAGACUGGUGUCUUCAAGCCGCCGCUGCAGCGCGAGUACGACGUGAAGAUUCCACAGGUCAUUCGGAUUGAUCCGCUGGAUGACACCGGCAAGGUUGCUGAGAAAUUCACGCUCACCUUAAAGAAGGAGUCCAUACACCUGUGGCUGCUGAAAGCCAUUGCCUUGGGCAAGAAGGCCGGACCCCAAGCGACCUUCAAGGAACUCUCAAAGGAGCGGCUAGAGGCUGGUGAUUGUGGACCCACGGACAGCCAAUUCUGCUUUCUUUGGCUUAAGGCCGGUGCAGACGCUGCGGUGGAAGAAGCAACGAGGCAGCUAGCGCAGAAGUACCGCACAGAUCCCAUCAAGAUGAUGUGGGCCAACGUGGAGCUCAAUCCAUCCAUCUUAGACGCUUUCGGCCUGCAUGAAAGCGAUGCCAUGGACUUCUUUGUGGCGCUUCGGUCCAAGAGGUCAAGGUUUAAGGUGCAUAGCGGUCUCAUGCGUUUUGCCGAGCUGGAUGCCUUUGUGGAUGGCGUUUUGAGUGGCGGACCCUUGGAGCAAAAACUGCAGGUCCCCAAGAUCGAGCUUUGA